AAACCGGUGACCGGUUGAAUGGUUAUUUUUUUUUUAUGUUUUUUAAAGUAACACGUGUCACAACUGAAUUGGCUAAAACAAUUUAUAAAAAAUUAAAAAAAAAAAACCAAUCAAACCCCAGCCACCAGCAACCCCAAAAACCACCGGCCAACCCCAACAAUCACUAAUCUAACCCCAAACGGCGGCGCUAAUUCCCCUCCCCCUGCGUCGGUUUCCUCUCCCCCUUCCCGGCGACGGUUUCCCACUCGCCGCUUUCCCCUUCCCCUCCCCCUGAGGCGGUUUCCCACUCUGCCAUUUUUAGCACAAGGCCACCUCCGACCAUUCCUCCACCUCGCUCACCGCCUUCUCUCCCAAACACCCUUCACUCUCUCUCCUUACCACCCCUUUAAACGCCGCAAAUCUCCGCCGUCAAUCCGACAACCUCAACAUCAUCGAACGCCCCUUCACCAGCACCGACCACGGUCUCCCUCCUAAACCCGAAAACCCCCAAAAACUCCUCCCUUGAAUUUCCGAUUUAGGGUAUCGGUUGCUGCGAAUUUGGGAUUUUGGUGGCUGCGAAAACCACCACCACUCGAAACUCUUUUUCCACCCCUCCCUAACUCUCAAAAACCCCCAAACACCCCUCCCCCACCAUCGUAAACCCUAGCCGCUAGGGUUUUGAGGUGGGGGAAGGGCGGUUAGGGGUUUUUGGGAGUGAGGGAGGGGUUUACUUCGUGGUUGUUUAAGGGAAUAACAGGGGGUUUAGGGGAGGGGAGAAGUCGGCGCUGGAAAGAGGCGGCUGGCCGGCAAUGCAUAGGCGGCGGUCUGGGCACGGGCUGGUGGUGUUUAGAUGGGCUGGUGGAGAAGGAGAGGCUAGCUGGUGUGUUUGCAAUUUUUGAGUUUUUUUUUUUUUUAUUUUUUAUUUUUGGACCAAUCAGGACUAAGUUACCUGAUAUAAUAGGUCAUUGACUUCUGUUGACCGGUAAGGAUUGAAGGAAAUCAACACCCCCAAAAGUUCGGAUUAUUCAGGUGCAAAGAUGGAUGAUGCUAAACUUAUGAAAGGAGAUAAGCUAGUAUUAAGGGGGUUGAAAUUUCAUGGUUUUCAUGGGGUGAAACCUGAAGAAAAAAAACUUGGUCAAAAAUUUGUGGUUGAUGUAGAUGCCUGGAUGGAUCUGCACAAGGCUGGGAUAUCAGACUGUUUGUCUGACACUAUCAGCUACUCAGAGAUUUAUCGUAUAGUCAAGGAGGUGGUAGAGGGAACGUCUCGUGAUCUUUUGGAGUGCGUAGCUCAACAAAUCGCAACUAUCACCUUUACCAAGUUUUCUCAAAUAUCUGCUGUACGUGUGGAGGUUAAAAAACCUCAUGUUGCAGUUCAGGGCCAGAUAGACUACUUGGGAGUUGAAAUUUUCCGCUCAAGACCUGCUGAUGCAAAAUGAUCUUUGACAUAACACAUAACCCUUAGCCCCUUGCUCUUCUUGUUUAUUUUUUCCUCCCUCCUAAAAGGGUGUGUGUAAACUUGUAAUGCUGAAUCUUAUGCAAAUACUCCGUACUUGUUUGUAUUUUGGACAAAUAGUUGAUAAUCUUUCAUUCUGCAUGUCUCCUAUAAUAAACAUAACAGUCGGGUGCAAAUUGUACAUCA